AUAAAUUCCCUAAUGAGUUCGACUCGGAUGGCCACUCAAGCCCGAUGCAAGAAAAAUUCGUAUUUACGAACACGUCCCGUAAACCGAUUUCAAAGCUCCGAGACGUGGGAACGGAGAUGACCCCACUUGCCAGCUCGACAACCUCAAGAUGCCCAACCCCUUUCGAGAGCACAUCCCCUGUCCGGCACAACACCCCUGCUGACCGGUCAGGCCCAUUGGGCCCAACGGGCCCAAACGACGACCAAAGCAAACCGGGCCUUAGCCUGCUGAAGGGCAGUCAUAUGGCCAAGCUGCAUUGUGGGGCCCAAUUCAACUCGGCCAAGUCCAAUUGGAGCUCUAGGGAGGAGGAGGAGGAUGACGUGUCCAAGAGCCUGAGGCAUUUCGAGGCGACGAGCGGAGACGAGUGUCGGAAGAGUGAAUCCGAGUCGAAGAAUUUCGUGUGGGAAGAGGAAGAAAAAACCAAG